AGAGUAUGUUGCUGUUGAAAACGCUGGUGGUGGGUGUCCUCUUCAAAGCCGUCAUUCAAUUGCCAAAGGUGGCACAAGGCAAAGAUAUAGACAUGGGCAGGAACAACAUCACUAUACUGACUGAAGGCAUGUUGUUCAAGGACGUCACAAAUUUGACGUCAUUGGACCUCAACAAUCAUAAGAUAUCAACGAUUUCAUCUAAGGCAUUUUCAGUAGAUAUGAGUCAAUUAAAGGAUAUCCCAAUAUUCUGGCUGAAAAAGUCAGUAACAAAAGUGAUGGUGAAUGAUUUCAACAAAAAUGGGAUAUGGGAUGUAGAUGACUGUAGGAUCACGGCUGAGAAGAUUAUCAGUAUAGGGAAUAUCAAAGGAGCCCAAGCUAAGGAAGUCUACAAGUUUUAUUCGGAAAAUGCUCCAAUGUAUUUCCACACAGCGACCAACUUAACGGAGUGGCUCAUUGCCGACUUGAAUUUCCGAGAUGAUCCGAAUACCCGACAAUUAAUCCAUGAUUACUUGGAAACAUGGUUCAGAGUAUUAGAUUUGGAUGGUGAUGGUGUCAUAGAUCAACAUGAAUUCAAGGUUUUCUGGGAUGCAUAUGGCCUCGACCCCAAUUACAUGAAACACCAGUUCGACUACAUUGAUAAGGAUAAAGAUGGUCUUAUAUCAUGUCAAGAGUUGGUCAAAGUGUAUUUUGACUAUUUCUACAACACUGAGGAAAAUGCUAACAUUUUUUGGGGACCGCUUAAAGACAUUAUUAUGAUUUAAACCACACUUAGGUAGCAACACAUUAGAAUGAAUGUGUUUUAUUUUUAAGAAUAGCCAACUAUCUAUGACAAAUAGGAAUGUAUUAUUUUUCUAUUGUUUUAAUGUACACUAAACAUUUGCUACCCAAAAACAGUGAGGCACAAACGACUAAUUGACAGUCAAAUGCAGUAAACUAACACUUAAC